AUGAUGUUCAAGGUACGCCACCUGUUACGAGUCCACCCCCGGUGCUACUCUACAGCACCUCCGAUUCAAAGCACCACUCUUGCCAACGGAUUGAGGCUAGUGACAGACUCCACCCCGGGCCAUUUCAGCGCCUUGGGAGCGUACGUCGAUGCAGGAUCAAGAUACGAGGACCCUUUGAGACCGGGACUCUCACAAGUCCACGACAGACUUUGCUGGAGGAGCACUGAAAAGUACACUGGCACGGAAAUGACAAACACGUUGAUGCAGCUAGGGGGAAACUACAUGAGCUCGGCGCAGAGAGAGUCGAUGAUCUUGCAAGCGAGUGUCUUCAACAACGACGUGGGGAAGAUGUUGGAAACCAUCGCGCAGACGGUACGGUACCCGCAGUUCACCGACCAAGAGUUUGCCGAGGCCCUCCAGGCUGUGGACUAUGAAGUCCAAGAACUACCAUACAAACCAGAAUUGAAUUUAGCGGAGCAGCUCCACGCUGUAGCGUACAAGAACAAUACCUUGGGGAUCCCAUUGUUUGCCCCGCGGGAGAGGGUGCCGUUGAUCCAAAAGAAGGAGGUGCAGCAGUACCACCUACGCUUCUUCCAGCCCGGCCACAUAGUCAUUGCAAUGGUGGGAGUGCCACACGAGCAAGCGUUGAAAAUGGUGGAGGACAAUUUCGGCGACUGGAACUCAGCUGGCCACAAUAUGGACAAGGGGGCCGUCACUUACACCGGCGGCGAGUUGUGCUUACCCCACGUCAAGCCGUUGUACACCAACCAGCCUGAGUUGUACCACAUGCAGAUUGGGUUUGAAACUACGGGCUUGCUCAGCGACGACUUGUACUCGUUGGCCACUCUCCAGAAACUUCUCGGUGGCGGCUCGUCUUUCUCCGCGGGUGGCCCGGGCAAGGGAAUGUUCUCCCGGCUCUACACUCGGGUCCUCAACAAGUACCCCUUUGUUGAAAACUGCAUGUGUUUCAACCACUCGCAUAUUGACUCGGGAUUGUUUGGAAUCACCGUGAGCUUGGUGCCAGAGGCCGGGCACUUGGCGCCGCAGAUUAUAUCCCACGAGUUGGCCGAGUUGGUUGCUGAAAAGAACGGGUUGACCGAAAAGGAAGUCCAGCGGGCUAAAAACCAGUUGGCCAGCGCGGUGCUCAUGAAUGUGGAGAGCAAAUUGGCAAGACUAGAGGACUUGGGAAGACAGGUGCAGUGCCAGGGGAAAAUCACUACAAUCGAGGAAAUGGUUGACCGGAUUCAAAAUGUAACGGUUAAGGAUCUAA